GACAUUACGCGGAGCGCUUUAAAAUCCCUCCUCAAAGCGCGUGUCAAUAGAUGGACGCGAUGUGCUGAGAGGAGAACCGGGAACGAUUUGGAAGCUCGUGAUACUUAGAGGAUACAUUUGAAUGGACUCGCAGACUUUGAGAACCAAGUGAAGGACAACUGGGAAAUAUUUCAAGUUACUAGAAUAAUAUCAGGUGUUCCUGCCGUAAGAGACUGGAUACAUUUCGAGAAUAAGACCGAGAUAUUUAAAACCAUGCAACACUACGGAGUAAACGGAUACUCUCUCCACGCCAUGAACUCACUGAGCGCCAUGUAUAACCUGCAUCAACAGGCGGCGCAACAAGCGCAACACGCACCUGAUUAUCGGCCGUCCGUGCAUGCGCUCACCCUGGCAGAGAGGCUGGCUGAUAUCAUACUCGAGGCUCGGUAUGGUUCUCAACACCGCAAACAGCGACGCAGUCGCACAGCAUUCACGGCCCAACAACUGGAGGCUUUGGAGAAGACUUUUCAGAAAACUCACUAUCCUGAUGUUGUGAUGCGGGAGCGCCUGGCCAUGUGCACUAACUUACCGGAGGCACGUGUGCAGGUGUGGUUCAAGAACCGCCGUGCAAAGUUUCGCAAGAAGCAGCGAAGCCUUCAAAAGGAACAACUGCAGAAACAGAAAGACGCAUCAGCAGAUGGAAACCUUGCAACAAGCGAUAAGGAGGACCAACCACCCACCAUAAAUCUUGAGAACCAGCCACCUUCGUCCUCUUCCUCCAUUGAAGCAGAAGCGGCUCCCACUGCCCUGGGAUCGGAGCAUAGCGUUGAGCUCAAUGUGACAUCGGCAGAGCAAUCGGGCAGUGAGUCAGCCACGGAAGACAAUGCUACAGACAAGGAAGAAGAGGUCAAGCAGCACAGGGAAGAUCUGAAGGUUGAGAAAGAACCAACACCUGGAAACCUGUCCCCUCUCUGCAAGCGUCUCAGCCCCAAACCAGAUUCACCUCUUGGUUCCCCAGCCAUCACAUCUACCUCUGGGGGUGUCACUAGCGGGAUCUCUCAGAGCCACGCCUACUCUUCAUCUCCACUCAGCCUCUUCAGGCUUCAGGAGCAGUUUCGCCAGCACAUGGCCGCCACCAACAAUAUGGUUCACUAUCCCUCUUUCGACAUGGCGACCCCCUCGUCCAUACCGUACCUGGGCAUGAACGUCAACAUGCCAGCGCCAUUGGGUUCCCUCCCCUGCCAGUCUUAUUAUCAGUCUUUAUCUCACCACGCACAACAAGUUUGGAACAGCCCUCUGCUGCAGGCCUCCGGAGGCCUCCCCAGUCACAACAGCAAGACCACCAGCAUUGAGAAUCUACGCCUGCGGGCGAAGCAGCACGCGGCGUCGCUGGGCCUGGACACGCUGCCCAACUGAGUAGUAGACUGAAAACUACCUGAGCAAGGGAACACCUCUCUUACCAUGUCUAACAUGCCACAUGCAUGGCAAUUCUCUAAGAUGUACAAAAAAACUGUUUUGAAAGACUUCAACGACUGCAAAAUGUAAAAAAGGUGUGAAGCCCAAAGCAUUCCCUUGAGGUUCUCCUGUCUGCCAAAUGUGCUGACUAAGAAUUAGAUUUCUUACUCAUUUGCAUAUACCGAAAAUUAUCUUAAAGUUCCCAAUGCUAUUUACACAGUAUUUUAUUGAAAAUACUGCAUUUGUCCAUUUAUUUUAAAAACACAGACCCUGGUUUAGUGUUAUGUUUUGUAUGGGCAUCAACGUUUCAUAAAAGCACUUUUUGGAGAGGCUCUCAACCCGUUGCAUGCACUGUACACCAGAAUCUGAAAAGAACUUAAUUUAAUUAUAAUGGCUUUCAAAUUACACAUCACACAAAUUACCUUGUAAAUGUAAAUCUUGCACAACUACAUAGAUUAAUUAAACCUAACCGGUUUAAUGGUCAGGAUUAAACCACAGAAAAUUGAGGAUGGUUAGGUAAUGAGGAAAUGAUUUCAUUGACUACAUAUACAAAGCUUUUAAUUAUAUGUAGCCUUGGGCACAGAGGAAGAAAUGCAAUUAUAGACCAUGCAUAUCAUUUGAGAUUGCCACAUUAAUGCUCUCAGAACUAGUGCUUAAAUGCAUGUAAACAUGGCAACCGAAAACAACGCCGAGUUGUGGUUGAAUGGGAAGACUAACAGAAAGAUGCAAAGCACUUCCAUGACUGGCAGCUUUUUCCCUCUCCGCUCAGUGCUGAGCUCUCAUUGUGUUCGUAAGCUGUUUUAAUAUGUAAAAUAUACAAAGUCUUUAUCUAUAAAUGUUUACUGGUAAGGCAAAUGUAAAAGUUCUAUGUUUUAGAUUGAGAAGAAUUUAACCCUGUGAUGAUUGGUAGCUCCCUUGUAAGAUUGUAUUGGCGGGCCUGUAGCCUGCCUGCGUUUCCCCAGGUUAUUUAACCUAUACAGUCUGAUUGUCUAUAUUACCUCUUUCAUUGUCACUGUGGACAUAAAUUUACAGUCAUUCAAAUCACGCAAAGUGGUGCAUUUGUAGCCUAUAUUGGUGGAGAGUGUUCCAGACGUGUACACAUAUUUCCCUAUGUCACAAGUAGAUUAAAACCUUGUCAA